AUGGAAGUAAUAGGAAGGGUAGGCCUCAAAAACUCAGGAAAAGUAUUCGGCGUACAGCGUACAGAACAUUGGAAAACAAAGCUCAGCAAAGGAAAUGAACUAGUGAGGGGCGUGAAUGGAGUAAAGAGGAAAGAGGAAAGACAAGAAAAGUUAUCCAAAGUAGUCAAACAAAAAACAGAGGUAAGCAUUCAGACAGCAACUAAUCCGUCUUUUAGUAUAUCCCUGAUUGUUAUAUAAUUUUGGUCCUGCCACUAUACUCCGAUCGUCAAAAAGAGAAGUGGAAAAAUUUGGUAAUACUUGGGGCUAAUACUUUUCUUAAGAAGGGAACGCUCGCCACCUAAAUCUCACUUGAGGGUUACUGACUCGAGACAGGCCACAAAAGGAGCGGAAUACUUUUAAUAGUUUUUCUGUCUACCACUCAGUUGGAAAUAAAGAAAGACAGACUUGGACUUUUUUAAACGGACUCAGUGUUUGUUCAAAGUUUUAUCUGUAGUUUUGUAAAACGUAGUCUACCUGGUGCUCUAGAACGUUUUGACGGCUUUUAAUAAACAGUGUCAAGCGUAUUGCUGAUUUAGCUUUUGGCCCAUGAUCUUUUGAUUAAGUAUCAGAGUAUACGUAGUGAUGGCAUGUACCGACGUGACGAAAAAUUAGAUGCUAUUAUAUCAUUAUAAAUAUACUCGGCAGCUUAUGGUCUAAGGUUUGCUAAUCAGUAAUCAAUUUGAAAUUAAAGAGGUCAUCAGUAUCCGAGGCGUAUAUUGCGGAAGUAGUAGCAUUACCGUAUAGCCUAGCAUACCGUAUGAAAAACUUCCUUCACUAAAAUGGACUUUUUUUUUCCCAGCCGGUGGAAAGGAAGGACCUUUUCCAGCGACCCACCGCAGUCAAAACUGUGAACUCGCCAUUGACCAAUGAUGUCAACACGGCGUUCAGGACAAUUCUGGAGCAUCUGAAGAAAGCUAUGUCCGUCUGCAGUUUGAAGGCAAAACUGUCAUUCAAGGACUACGCAGUGAGCGUCAACAAACCGUGUGAGUUCGUGGAACUCGUAAAAUGCUGCCUCGUCCUGGACGCGGAGAAAAGACAAGUCAAGUUUAAAAUUCACAAGGGUGUCGCCAUUUCCGCUAUUAAUGCUUGUAUUCCUCCCCCGGUGAAGAAAGCAAAGUCUGUGAUACGCACUGCCAUAAAACGCAUCCCCCUGCAGAAUCAGACAGCAAUCACUAAGCUGUUUAGCGCCAUCUUUAAAGUACUGGCGACCAAGCAAGACCGAGAUUACGUCACCAUGUCUCAAGAUGACGUCAUUGAUAACGACAUGUCGUUUGAACAAUUGAUGUCAAGCAAUAAACUUUAUUCCACGCUCCUGGCCCUUGAUCUCAAGAUUUUGUGUUCCAAAAGCGUGGUCGUGGAGCUGAAAAGACGACAAAUCUUGGCUGGAAUACGAAGAGGGAGGGUGGUUCUAGACGCCAGCCAAGGUCUGCAGAUAUUCAAGGAACCUCGUGUCUUUAUGAGAAGCGAGGAGGUUCAGGUUGCCUUGGUGACCCUAGCAAAGUGGGUCUCUUCACAUCAACAAUUCGGUGUGUUGCAAAAUGUUUUAGAAGUUGUGAAAUGCUUACAGGCCGUAACUAAUUACAGAGGCAAAUAUUGA